CAUUUUGAAAAGAUCUAAAAUGACCUCAGUGUCAUCCAAAAUUUGCGUUGCCGUUGUGUUGGGAGCCUUCGUUUGUUUGUUUGUUCGGGUUAUGCUGUCAACCUGGCGCCCUCAUUAAAAACAAUGUGGCAGCAGGGGUCCGCAAAGGUAGUAGCUGCCAUCCCAUCCUAUUCCAUCUCAACUGCUGCUAUCCAUUAGCUACAGUCUCUGUUCAGUUGUUGGAGUCACUUCGUUGGUCCCUUCCUUUUUAAUAUACCUUGAAGCUAGCUAGCUACGGUAGCACAAACUAUCUUUCUCACUGUUGAUCUUCUGAAGCCAUGACGUAUGAAGAACCUGAUGAAGAGGAGAUUGUACUCGAUGAUGAUGAUGAUGUCGAGGAGGAAUCGGGACCCGUCAACGAUAUAGGGAUUGAGGUCUAUGCCAUGAUGGGAGACAUUCAAGCCAUUAGCAAGCCACGCAAGGGUCUCUUUCGGAAGAUUGGAGAGUGGAAUCGUCGAAGAAAGGAACAACGGCUCCAGGUAGAAGAGGAGCCGCCAGCGAACGAUGAAGCCGCGGACUUGCUAUCGGCGCUGGCACAGGGGAAUGAAACUGAUCUUCUGAUGAUGGACAAUCAGACAUCAUCAUUAGGUCAGGGGUUUGCCUUGUCUCCAGUCACAAGUGGGGUGGCUUCUUUGGUGGAGUCUUUGCGGGUUAAGAGUGCUCCUUAUGCUGCCACAGCUCAGAUACCUCUGGCUCUGGUGAUACUGAUGCUUGCCCUUAGGGCGUUUUGGUAUUAUCGGCAGUAUCAGACCAAGGAUCAGAAGACAUUCGGGGGUGAUAGUUCUGCCACCACAACGGAUGCACGCAAAUUGCUGGGCGAAUAUCCCAAAUCCAAUGGAUCCAAUGGCGCCGGACUGAAGCAUGAUCCCACUGCCUUUUCCAAAGGAAAUGGUACCAAUGGCCAUACGGUGGUCAUGACGGCUCAGACAGCUUCCACUACCAUCCAGCACCCCGAGGAAGACAAGAUCCAGUCUACGUUGGAGCGGGAAAUGCGGGCGAGACAAGCUUUGGCGGAUGAAAAUCGAGCACUUCAAUUGGCGUUGGAUACCCACAAGUCGACGGUAGACAAGUUCUCUACGGAACUUCAGGCCCGGAAUGAACGCUUAUCCGUAUUCGAGAAUGAACAGGACACGGUCCGACGGGACCUGUCGGCACAAAUUGAAGUCCUCAAGCAAGAAUUGCAAGAGCGACAAAAGCAAGAACAGGGAAAUCUUAAAUCCAAAGAAUCACUCUGCAAUGAUCUAAUUACCAAAAUCAAAGCACUCAACCAGGAUUUGGAAAACCAUGAAAAACUGUGGCAAGGUGUGGCCCAAAAAGCACAACAAAAGGAAACAGAGUCGGCCAAGAAGGUAAUGAGCCUCCAGCAGUCACUCCGUGAAGACGAGGAACAUCGUGUCGCGGCCUUGAGGGCCAAGGAAGAGGCGCGGGCCGAGUUGAAUGCUCAGGUGUCGUCCUUGGAAAAACAGCAAAACCAACAGGCUUCCCAACAGGUGUCUUUGGAACAGCAAAUGGGAACGUCUGUCUUUUCUGCCACGGAAGCAAGGCUUCAAAAACAACUCGAGGAGGAGCAAAAACUCGCAACCACCUUGAACACCAAAAUGCAAGUCUUUUCAGCGGAGUUGGCAAGCCGCGAGGAACGCGUGUCGACACUGGACGCUAAAAUGAACGAGGUAGAGCGAUUGUCUGUGGUCGAGCUCAAACAGCUGCAACAGGAAUUGCAAAAGCAAGUGGUCCAAAGAGAAAAACUCCAACAAGUUGCUGUUGAAAUGACCCGAGUACUACAGGAGAAACGGGAUCAAUGUGUGCGUCUACAGUCGCAGUGGGAGACGUCCAAGGCAGAACUCAAGGCUUUGGAUGAACGGGUGGCCACUCUGACAGCCAGUGUGGCCAAGCGUGAGGCCAUGGCCAAUUCAAGGAUCCAAGCAGUAGAAAAGAAGCUGGAAGAAGAACGCCGGCAAGAGCAGAUUUGCAAGCAGGCGACCGAAGCUACGAACGACGAACUUUUCAAGAAACAAGAAGAAUUUGUGCAGCUGACGACGCGAAUGGACCUCUUCUUGAAGGAACUGCAGUUCCGCGAUGAACAAGUUGCUAGCUUGGAGAACAAGUUGAUGGCGAAGGAGGAAAGGACCACCAGUGAAAUCAAGGCACUCAGCGAGCAGCUUAGUAUCCAGCGGGAACGACAGGAUUCCUGGAACAAGACCACUGAAGAUCUUCAGCAAAUGUUGAAGGACAAGAAGGCUCAGGUGGUGGGACUAGAAACGCGGGUCGAGUUGUUUGAACGGGAAUUGAAAAAUCGUCAAGAUACUGUUGCUGCCUUGGAAGCCAGGAUCGAGGAGAACGAGGAAGAAGAGGCUGCCAAGAUGGAACCCUAUCGCAGGGAGUUGCGGAGAUUGCAAAACGAACGCGACGACUGGCGUGAGAAGACCGAAGAAAUCGGUCGGGUCCUGGAGGAGAAGAUUGACCAGACCGAAGGAUUGUCGACACGUCUCAGGCUGUUCCGAGUCGAGCUCAAGGCCAAAGACGAGCGCUUGACUGUUCUCAAGAGCACAUACCGAGAUAAGAAGCAAGCUGCCUACGUAGAGAUGGCACCCGUAAAAGAAAAACUGGAAGAGCAACGAGAGCAACGCGAUUUCUGGGCUGCAAAGAUCGAGGAUAUAGAUCGUGUGCUGAAGGAAAAACGCGCCCAAUGCGUAGGCUUGAAGACACGCGUACUGCUUUUCGGCAGGGAGCUCGAAACCAAGGAAAAGCUCACUGCCGCUCUGGAAAGCAAGCUUGCUGACAAGGAAGAAGUUGGGGGUGCUGCCAUUGCGUCACUCCGAAAGCAAUUUGACGAGCAAGUGAAGGGGCGUGACGAGUGGAAGGAGAGCACUGAAAAGGUCAAGCAACUUUUGGUCGACAAGCGGAAGGAGUCCGCUGGAUUGACAUCGGAGCUCAAGGUACUCGUCAGUGAUCUUCAGGGUUACCAGCAGCGUAGGGCAGCUCUUGAAGACCGGAUGAAACAGCAGCGCAACAUCUUCAGCGGUCGAAAGGUGGCCUUGGAAAAGCAGCUAAGUACGUGCAAGGCACAUUGUGACGAAUGGAAAAACCAAACUGCGGGCCUGAGCCGAGAGUGUCACAAUGCUGAGCAGUCUAUCGUGGGUCUGAAGACUCGCGAUAUGCUAUUCAAAAAGGAGUUGCAGCAGCGAAGAGAAGCUUUGGAAACCCUCGAAGAACAGUUAGAAGAGAUGGAGGAAAAGAGUGCUUCGAAGAUGGCACGUUUUCGACAGGAGAUGGCUGCGUCCAAAGUGGAACACGAGGACGGAGUUGAGAUGACACUGAAGCUGAACAAAGAGCUCAAAGACACCAAGCGAGAGUGCAUUGGGUUGACCACAAGAUCAAAGCUAUUUAAAGAUGAACUUCAAAAGCGCGAGAACCUGGUUGUUGAGCAAGAGCAGAAAGUCGCAGAUGCCAAGGAGCAAGCAGCCGACGUUUUGGGUCGCAUGAGAGGCGCGCUAGCAGGCAUGGAAGGUGAGAGGGACGAGUGGACGCAGAAGGCCGCCGACGUCGAUAGACUCGUUGCGGAAAAUCAAGAACAGACGGUGGGCUUGAGCACGAGACUAGAUCUUUUUAUGGCGCAAGUUAUGGAAUACGAGGAAACUGUCUCCCGUCAGGAGACCAAGCUUCGUAGCCGACAAAGCUUGUCGUCGAUGGCCUCGACCAAGUCUGAUCUUGACGCGGCGAAGACUAAACGCGACGAUUGGACGGCAAAGGCAAUCGAUAUCCAAAACAACUUGAAGCAGAGGAAAUCAGAGAUCACUGGCUUGAAGACUCGCCAGAAACUUUUUCACUCGGAAAGGGAAAGUCGCAAACAAAACGUCUCGAUAAUUAGCCAGAGACUAGUUGAAAAGGAGAGAUUUUUCAAGGCGAAGAUUGCACCACUGGAAGACGGGCUCAAAAACCUAAUUGGGCAGCGAGAAGAGUGGGUGUCUAAAGCAGAUGGUAUCGACAAGAUGCUUGCUAGGAAGCAAGAGGAAUGCCUGCCAAUUUCUGAAAAACGUCAGGCGGUCAUUGACCAGCUGACCCAAUGCAUGCAACGCAUCAAAAACCUCGAAUCUCUUCUAAAGGAUGAAGAAGAGUUCAUUACCUACAAAGUAGUGCGACUAAGAAGAAGCGUCGAAGAACACAGGAACGAACUUAAUGAGUGGGUGGAGAAAACAAAAGAAGUCCAGGGGCUGCUCCGUGGGAAAGAGGGCGCCGUUGUUGGAUUGAAUAAUCGGUUGGUUGCCUUUGAAGGCGAAUUGAAGGCACGAGAGCGUGCAGUUGCGAUCGUGGAAUCAAGAAUCGCGGAGAACGACCGAUUGCUCGCUGAGGAGACGUCUUCGAUCAAGUCGCAGAUCGCAGCGGCACACAACUUGCGCGAUACCAUCAUCGAAACUACGUUAUCAAAGAACCAAGAGUUGAAGAAGAUGGAAGAUACCUGCUCAGCCAUGGAGGUUCGCCGAAUGCUGUUCGAAGAUGAGAUGCGCAUGCGCAAGGAGAGGGUGACGUCCUUGCAAUCCAAGCUGCAGGAAAAGGAGGAAGAUUUCUCUUUUCAAAUCAAAGCUCUGAAAUCGGAGUAUUCCUUGAAAGCAAGGGACCUUGCCAAAUGGAGGGAGUCUACGAAAGAGGUGGGCCGUCUUUCGAACGAAACAGAAAGAGAGUGCGUUGGCUUGGCAACGAGGCUUCAGCUAUUCCUGGUAGAGAAAGAAAAAUACGAUUCUCAGGUUGCUGAGCUCGAGGUGAAAUUCAAAGCGAAAGCCAACGACACCGUGGAAAGAAUGACUCCAAUCCACAACAGGUUGAGACAGGAACAGCGAGAUCGCGAUUCCUGGGACCAGAAAACGACUGAAUUAAAUGGACUUCUGCAGGCUACCCGUAGAGAAAUUGUUGGGUUAAACACACGCUCCAAGCUCUUCAACAAGGAGCUGAAGCAGAAGGAGCGAGGUGUGGCCAAACUCACCGCAAGAAUCAAGGAGAACGACGAUGACUUUGCCGAGCGCAUGACGCCACUGAUGCUUGAGUUAAAUGCUCAAAAACAGGGCUGUGGUGCCUGGGAAAGGUCAACUGAGAACGUGCAGCGCAUGCUUGAGGCAACAAUGAGUGAGUGCGCAAGCAUCCCGACCAGGUUGGACUUGUUCCGCCGAGAGCAAAAGCUGAGGGACGAUGCUGUCGCCCAAUUAGAAGCAAGCAUUAGCAACACAGACGAUCUCGUGGCAGUACAGCUUGGAUUCCUGCUGAACGAGUUGCAGCUUCAGCAAAAGCAGCGAGGAAAGUGGAAGAAGGUCACUUUGGAAAUGCAUCGUUUGCUGAAAGAGACUAGGGAACAGGUCGCAGUCCUAACAGAGAGGCUUGAUAGCAACCAAGUGGCCCUUCAGAAUCACGAUGAAACUAUCACCAGCUAUGAAACAGCUCUUCGGGAUGGUCGAGACAUGGCGUAUCAACAACUAGCAACGAUGAAGAAGGAGGUCAACUUCCAGCGCCAGAAUCGAGAUAAGCUACGAAAGUCGACUGAGGAGCUUAGUCGCCUCUUGGAAGAUGCAAAGGUGACUUGCAAUGAUUUAACGGGAAAACUCCAGUCUACCAGAGCCCAGGUGCAAGGGUGUACGACGGCCAUUGAGCAGCUUGGAACCAGAAUCAACGAAAAGAAGGCACUUGAUGCGUCGCAGAUCGAAUCUAUUAAGCAGCAACUCAAGGUGCAUCUGGACCAGCGAACUGAAUGGCAGGAGAACACGGACCAAAUGAGACAGCGUCUCAAGGAAAAGCAACAAAUGUGCGCCGAUCUCCAAACCAAGAUAACCUUGCUGAAAAGGCUUCAACAAGGGGACGUGCGUUCUAGUUUGUCACUGGACGAAUCCGACAACACCAGCAACCCGUAUCUCGGAGCACCAAACGGGAUCUCGGCGCAUCUGGACCGAAUCAACGACAUUACAACUGGGGCGACCAAGAAGAAGUUAAGUGCCGAAGCGCAACUGACGUCCAAGAUGGAAUCGCUGGAAGCGGAAUUGAAAAUGCAGCAAGAAGAAGAGAAGAAGUUGAGUGACUCUACGCAACAAUUAGAACGGGAGUUGGGAGACAAGGCGUCUCAGGUUACGGCUUUGACUGGGCAGCUCCGAUCUAGUGGCUUUGAUGUUGAUGCGAUGCUGAAAGAAAAAGAGAAGCAGCAAUCAAGUCUAAACUCAAGGCUGGCAAGCCUCACGGGUGAACUGCUCAACCUAUGAGCAGCGUGCAAGUGAUUAUCAGUGUGAAGGUGUAUUCCUGGGGUAGCUAGAUAAAAGUAUGUAGGUCAAUUAAUUGUAUUUGGAUUGAACUUGUACCGGUGGCUGCGUGUCCUUAUGUCAGGAUUGAAUGAUCAAUCGAAUCAUCCUGUGAGAGAGCGGAAGGAACGUAAGGAGAAUCCUUGCUCAGGACGCGAUG